GGUGCUGAACACCUGCAGCUGCUGCCAGACCAUCAUUACCAUCAUCUUCAUUCCUCAUGUCACCUGUGACUCCUGCCUCCGAGGUUCCUCCAGUGAGAUAUUCCUGCAGACAAAGACUCUCCCGGUGUCUUUAGGAUAAAGACAUUAAGUUUUUUUUUUUUUUCACUAAAUCAACUCUGGGCGACAUGAGCCAAACCAUCUUGGUGAUGUGUGAACAAACAGUCCUCUGAGGCACACACAGCGAGCACUCUGAUUGAGCUAUGGAGCUACUCAACUGUGAUUUAUACCUCAAUUUAUAAUCACAGUAAAGCCCCAUCUAGGCUGCGAUUGGAUGACACUUUAAAUAUUGACAGAGGACUGUGCCGUUGAUUUUAAGUUGGAUUGGUGACAUUGGCUUUUCUUGGAAGUUUAUGUGUAAAAGUUAGCGGAAAAAAGAGAGGGAGGGAGGGUGAGAGCGGACUCAUGAAUACAGGCCAGGCAUCUUUAAACCUCACUGUACAUGCUUUUGUGCACCAGAAGGGUUUAACCCUAACCCCCCCGGGUUGUUUCCGCUGGAAUAGUUUCCGUGCAUCAAGGCUUGAAAAGCUUCACAAAAGCUGACCCUGCAGAGUUAUGCCAAUCACUGUAAACACUCUAUAUUCUCUAAAAUGAGUGACGCUAACUACUGGGUUGUGGACUAUGAGCUCUCCUCUCCUGCUCCGCCUGGGUUUCCCAGGGGCCCGACAGUGCUGCAGCCCACGGUGGAGCACCCAGAGCAGGGAACGGCCCUGUGUUUUGUGGGCCUCCUUGUGCUUCUGCUGCUCUUUCUUGUCGUACGCUGCGUUCGUAUCUUGUUAGACCCUUACAGCAGCAUGCCGGCUUCCUCUUGGACAGACCAUAAGGAGGGACUGGACAGAGGACAGUUUGAUUAUGCAGUGGUGUGAAGACGAUGAGGGUGAUGAGGAAUUUAGUUUUGUUUGUGUGAUGGUGUUUCAUAGCGAAAGAUCAAAGAAGCCAAAAUGUAUAUUUGUUAUGUUUGUUAGGCGUCAUGGAAACGGUCGUCUUCUACGAGAGCACAGUAUCAAAUCUUGAGGAAAUUCAUGGGGAAGGAAAGACACAACACAAGUAUUGCUUCCAGUUCCAUUUACAACAAUGAAUGUAUAAUCAGAGGCGUAUAGAGUGAGUUACAUUGUUAGACUGCAGCUUUCACAGUAACAAACUGCAGGAAGACGACAGUCUGUUUACAUUAUACAUUAUAAUGUGACUCCUGUUUAUCAUGUCAUUUUGUAUUUCUAUAAUGUUUUUACAAGUCCCAGGACUGGAUUAUAAGUAGAGGGCAGAGCUGCAGCAGCAGAAGUCUUGAUUGAAUAAAGAGAAAUGAAAUGAGUUUAGGGCAGACAUGGAAGUCAUUUAUUAAAGCCAAGACUGUAAACAUUAUAUCCUGAUAUAUUGCUGAGAUGUUAAAUGUUUCUCUCUGGGGAAGUUAAACCUCAGGCAAAACAUUAUUAGAUGUAAUAAUAUUUCUUUUUUUAAACUGUAAACCUUAUUUUUGUUGACUUUAUUGUGGCUCAUGCUAUUUUUUGUGUGGCUGUAGAACCACCUCUAAGAUGAUCCUCAGGUAAAAUGAACCAAAGCCUCUAUAAUUUGCUAAAUAAUCACUUGUCUAGCAGUAUUUAUGUCCUACAUUUUGAGCUAGUUCACUAAAAGUUUAAAACUCCUAACAGUGGAAACAGCACAUUUUAUUUCGGGCUUUGCUUUUUCAUUUUCGCAUCCCUUUAAGAGGCUUUUAACGCUUAGUGUGGAGACUGGAUGAAUAUUUUUCAUAUAAUCUUAUGAUUAUGAAAUGCAUGUAAACCAGUUUCCUUCUCCUAACCUUUUCUGUCUUUAAGUCCUGACCAGUGCACCAGCCAAAUCUGCACCAGUCAAACAGUGCCUGUAGCAAUAAGAGUUACGAUCUAUUUCAUACCAAUGAUGUGUUUGAAUGUCGUUUAUUUUGUAAGUUCACCGUAGGAUGAGGCCCUGUAAAAUGUGGCUUUAAAGUACAGUAUGGAUAUUUUACUGAUGUGAUGUGAUGAAAUGUUGUUUGUUUCCUCUGUGAUGACCGGACAAUACUGUUCCUGAAUGUAGACUCCUGCCUGUAAAUGAUUAAUGUUUCUUCUUUAAAAUGAUGUUCAGUUUUUAAUGAAAUAAAAAGCUUUU